AUGUACACAGUGAACGUCAGAACACAACUUGUGUAUUCCUUCACCAGCCUUGCUCUCGCAGAAUACAUCACCGGUGAUAAUGGCGCAGGAUUCUCCACAACGACCUCCUUAGCCCUCUGUUUAGCCAACUCGCUGAUCCAAUGUGACCUUAACCCCCCAGGCCACGAGCCCACCCUUGAACCCGGCGGGGAAGGGUCUGACGGACUCUUCUCAAUUCGUCACCAAGCCGCCGAGUACAUCAGAUGGUGGAGAGCGGGCCAUUUUUCCGUUUCCCCGGCGCCCAGCGCUCCGGACGGAGCCACCCAGGCUGCAUUGCAGAUCUGGGAGGAAGGCCUGAGGAGAGGCCGGCCGACAGCCGAGAUAUUGGAGGCUGUCAGAUCUGAUCAGCUUCUGGGGCAGCAGGCUCCUCCCACCUCGGUGGUGUGGGUGCUGCCCAUUGCGUUGCUGUUCUGGCGCGAUACGGCAAAGGCCGUGGAGUUAACGCGGGCCGCUGCGAAUGUCGUUAUGCCCGCCGCCAGGGACCUGGCUGGGUGGUAUGUGUUUGCCGUGACGUCGAUCCUGUGGAACUGGGCUGCGAAGAGCAACGUUAGGCUAGAGAAGAGGUGGAUGCGCGUAAAGAUUGAGGACGAGUACAAACGGCUGAAGCUGGAUGGGGCAAGAGGGGCCGGAGAUGUCCAUAGAGGGGUCGAGAUAUAUAUGGAAACGGACACGUUUGAUGAGGGGUUGAGUAUUGCAAGACGAUGCAAUCCGCAGGUAGCAAUGGCAUAUGCUGGGAUUGCGGCUAUCUGGUAUGGGGCUGCGGUGGGGGAGGUGGAUGGCCGGGCUUUUGUGGGAUAUGAUGUUGUGGAGGAGCUUUCUGGGGCGAUUGGGACAUUGGCAAAGGAGAUGGAGAAAAAAGAUGAUGAUGAUACGCAGAUGCUUGCUUCCAGUAUCCCGCUGGACGAUGAGUAUGAUGGGAUGAUUUAG